AUGCCCUUGUCAUCAGCAGCUCCACGCUCCUCCAACGAAAAGCAGGAAGAUCUCUCGGACUUGGAUAUCUUCGGAGCAGAGGCGCUACUGGCUGAUAUCCAAGAUCCUAGUCCAAUCCCUGCUCCUACUGCUGAACCGCGUCUGAAGCGGACCUCCAAAAAGUACGGAUCAGAGCUUGCAAAUGCCAGUGACGAGCAGUUACCAACGGCUGUCCGAGCUCUGGAAGUUCAGAUCGCGCCCAAAGCUUCAACGCCAAAUGCUCUCGUGGUUUGUGGAAUGGAUUCCCGCGAGAGUAGUCCCUAUCUUACAGAAGCGGUAAAAGCUGGUGCAGCCCUGAUGGGUGUAGCUUAUGAAGGCCACGGUCUCCUAACUACACCUCAAUUACAUUAUAUCGUAAGAUGUAAGAACGACCCUAGUUUCGGUGACGCCCGAGAAAUUGGAUACUACGCACGAAUAUCGGACGCGUUCAAGAAGUUCUGUAAGCUGUCUGUUGCGUAUCGUAUUCAUAUACUGAUUCCGACUGGAGAAAAACUCCGGAUCUCAAAAUAUUGUGUACACCCAGUACAAGCACAUCGUAUAUUUGCGAGUAUGUCUGGAUUUCUGCAAAAGUUCACAAACAUGUAA